GCCUGGGUUCGGUGCAGCUCUGGCGGAUCGCGGAGAGUCCCGGCGCGGUGCUGGCGGAGAUGGCAGCGAACCGGCUGGGCAGGAGGACACACAGCCGCUCCCCGGACUGUCCCCGGGAGCAUGGGGCCGGCAUCCAGCGCAGGCAAGCCCGGGUCACCGUCAGAUAUGACCGUAAGGAGUUACAGAACCGGCUGGAUGUGGAACAAUGGAUAGAGGGGAAAUUACAACAACUUUAUCAGGAGCAGGAAGAGCAGAUGCCAGAAGAGGUGAAUAUAGAUGAAUUACUGGAACUUCAGACUGAUGGAGAACGGAGAAGCCAAUUACAGAUAAUGCUUAGAAUGUGCAGGAAAAAUACAGAUGAAUUCAUCACGGAGCUAUUAAGGAAGUUACAGGGACUUCAUAAAGUGGAGGUGCAGAAGGUUGGACUGGAGUGCCCCCAACAACACUAAGAGGCUGUUGAUAGACAUUACUGGGCUGUGAAGGGGAAUUUCUUUUAAAGAAUUCUUUUGGCACUGUUAUAGAAACUAAAUGGCAUGUAUUUUGCUUGCCUCUUGCUAAUGCAAAAUAAGCUUUCAAAGGCAAUUAUUUUGCCGGAUAUAUAAAAUGUUUUGUUUUUGGUUGUUUGUUUUGUUAAUGCAAUUAAAGAGAUUGACACAG